AUGGGAGGGACAGAAGAGACAGAGAAGAAACAUGGUAGCGAAGAGGAAAAACACCACAAGGAGGACGACAAGGAUCACAAGCAGGAUGAGGAGGGAAAGAAGAAGAAGAACAAGAAGAAAGACAAAGAAGGUAAAGAUAGUAAGGAGAAUAAGGAUAAGGAAGAAGAUGGCGAUGAGCACAAAGAGAAGAAGAAGAAGAACCCUGAAGAUAAGAAGGACCCUUCUAAGCUCAAGGCCAAGCUCCAGAAGAUAGAGACCAAGAUGCAGGAAUUGUCCCUCAAGAAAGAAGAGAUCCUCAAGCUCAUCCAUGAAGCUGAAGCUAAUCCUCCACCCAGCUGA